GAAAAUAUUUGGCCCUUGAAAUUCCACCAUUGUGACCAUUAAACUAAUGUAGCAUAGGCCUACAUAGGAAGGCAAAUGAAAUAAAGCUUUAACCAGUCUGUUCUCUCUCUAACUUCUUCUGUCAGCUUCUCGUCAUCAUGUGUAGAAAUGACCUGAUUAGCUGAGUAGUGUCACAUGGGAUAAGUUAAACUGAACGUGAUUGGUCUGUGAGACUGUUCUACUUCAUUUUGGGGUUCAUUGUUCAGUUCUUCAAUAGCUUAAAGGGAUUGGCCACAUUGAGGCCGUCUCAUCACCACCUGUAGCUGCAUAUCCUUUUAGUCCAUUGAGUCACACUGACGUUAACAUUCUUUUACCUGCCUGUCCAGUUUUGUUUUCGACUGGUGAACAAGUUAAUUCUCAAAGAACAACCGACAGCACUUCAUUGCAUGGGGAGACACUAGAGUUCUUUUUUUUUUUCCAUUGGGAAGGAAUUUCUGUUUCAAAACAAGUCAAGAAAUUGUAAUCUCUAUAGACAUGGACCAGGGAAAUGGGUCGUGGAAAGUUUUCCGUGUCAUUUUGGCCGGAAGAACAAAUGGCGCUCAUCGUUCAAUUGUUCAGAAGCUUAAAGACAUUGGCCAAACUGAGGAAACAUCUACACAAGAAAGUGACUACUGUGUGAUUUUCUGUCCUGUGGUUUCACGAGUUGGGACAGACAUUGCUGAGGCCCUCAACAAAAUACCAUUGGGUAAACGUGCAAUUCUGGUGGUGAUGCAUCACACCUACAAUCCACAACAUGUUGUAGCUAAAAGCCGGAGUCAGGUGAACAACUCAAAUGUGCAUUUGACUGUGGAUUGUCUGUUUUAUGAGGACCAACUGCUUGACUGUGACCUCAAUAAUACCAUGUGGAAUGACAUCCGGAGAACUCUUAGAUCUCCAAAUCACCAGACCUCAUCAUUGCAAGGCUUCCAAAAUUAUUGGAGGAAACCUACCAUAAUAUGGCUCAUUAUUGGUUUUUCUAUAGCAGUGGUGAUCAUUGUGGUUAUCGUGGCAGUCAGUGUGGAAAUGCAAAAGAAGAAAGGACCUUGAGGUGUGCCAUUAAUGUGCCCCAACAAAACCAAAAAACCCCAACAAAAAAAAUCUAAUAUCAGUAUCAAUUUACCAAUAUAUUUUUUUUCUUGGAAGGAUAAGAGAUAUGAGCUAUGUAAUCAGCAAAGGGUGUUGUUUUUUAAAGAAUUGUUUGGAAAGACCAACUGUCUUUGAUAUUUUCCAAUUGUAAAUAACUUUCUUACCAUAGGAACGAUUUGUUUCUGUUUUGAAUUUUGGCUUACUUUGUUAAAUAAAUAAUGACACUAUGUAAUAUAUUGUAUAGUGUAAUCUAAGGUUGGAUUUAUCUUAUUUUAAAAUCUUCUAAUAGCCAGAUUACCUUUUAAAAUGAUGUCCAUGUAUGUAUUGCAUAUUGUGUCUAGGUUUUAAGAAGAUGUCUUUGUGGAAAAUAUUGAAAGAAAAUAAUUUUCACAUUUUUCUGUAGUCUCAAGAGCAGAUUCACAUUAUUUGGAACAAGGUAAACCAAAGUUCACAACAAAAGUUCUAACUAUUAACUUACUAUUACCAUGUGUAUUUUAACAUGCAUUUUCAUUGUUUUUUUUAGUAAGUACUAAUAAACUUUCUUCUCAUUACUAUUAAUUUUAUUUAAUUCUAGCUUUUAAAAGCUUCUGAGUAGCUAUACAAUCCAACAAUAAAAACCACCGAGGUUUUUCAAAGGUAGCACAAUUAUUCAUGUAGACACAAGGAAAAGGCAUAAAAUUCUUGGAGAGAGUGAGUAGUGUGACUUUGAUCACCAAUUUCUACUACUUUAUUGAGGAAUCUUAAGCUGACUUGUACUCGAGUCCUCUGACAAUUGGCAACUUGCAUGUAACCUGGUGUAAAAUAUUGCCAGCAAUUCAGCUCUUCUGAUCUUUGUUUUCUUUCUUUCCACUUCAUGACAGCUCUGCUCUGAGCAGUGGAGGUCUGAAUGAGCAGGAUUUGGUAUCAUGAGGGCGGGGGCUGGAAGGAAGGAAAGGGGAUGGGGUGUUAAGGUCACGCCUCUGGCCUAAAAAGGCAAAGCAGAAUACCAGUUGACGUGAGCCGAUCUAAGAAUAACUCAGGGCCUUGGGCUUAGAAAUUGAAAACACACUAUGAACGUAAUAGGAAAAAUUUGAAUUCAGACUUUGAAAGUUUGCAACUGAAUACUUUGAAAAUACAAAUACGCAGAUUUGAGAGUUUAUGAUACAAUUACAUAUUGUUUUAACACAUGUGAAAGCACUAUCCAUACUGUGACCAUGUGACUCCAACGGCAACAUAGGCUGGUGGGAUAAAGUUACAUUGAAGCUCUCGCUCCUAGUCUCUUUCCUCUCUUUCCCUUCCAUCAUCCGUCAGUCCCUGUGCUCGGUCUAAUUCUGUCUGAGCCAGUGGAGGUGUGGGUGGGGGGACAAGCUGCUCUAUCUACAAUCCCAGCCCUAAGCAGGCAAAGGGCAAAGACACGGGCCACGUUAACUUGGUCUCUGUCUGUCUCCCCAGCCUGAUCCACUGGGACAGAAGUCAGCUUUCAAGACUUUCUAAACCAAGACUCAUUAAAACUUUCUGAUGCCUGGAAAUAUAGUGCAGGAUUAAAUCCUGAGAAUGGACAAAGGGGUGUAGGGUUUCUGGUGGUGGCCUCUGGUUUAAUUUUUUCAUAUUCCCAUAUAUCACAAACCUUUUGGAUGACGUUGCUGGAUUGGAAUUAAACACUGGGAUUAAAUUGUGCAGAUGAUCCAAGGAUUUACCACAAGUAUUUGUUUUCAUGGCAACAAAAUCUUCAUAAAGGAUUUAAGUUUUGUAACAGAAUAUUUAUUUUGAAACCAUGACCGAAGCAGCUGAAGAGUCCUGCUAAGCUGUUUGAGUCAGCAGUAAGAGAGUAUCCCACAGUAGCUGCCAACACUGAGCUGAAGAGAGUCAACAGCACGAACAUCGACCACUACAACCAUGGUCCUCGAUCACAAGAACGGAGACGCUGGGGCACCACCUCUGCGGGUGUUGAAGAAAUCUUUUACAGAUGACUUUUACUCUACUUUCAGCUCCCCGCUGGCCUGGAUCUUGGUUCUGGCUCUUAUCAUUACUUGGUCUUGUGUGUUCGUCAUUAUGUUUGAUCUAAUGGACUACAAGACCAUUUCAGGUCACCCACCCAGGAGGGUUUUUAAGGAUUCAGGGCGUAGAGGAGGCCUCAGCAAGAUCAGCUCAGAUCCCAUGAAGGCGGUAAACGAUGCCGUGGAUGAAUCAUCAAACAUAAUCACAGGAAUAGUGAAAUUUGCUGCCAACUUAAUUGCUCCAGACGACGAUGAAGGAACUCUCUAUGCAGUCAGAAAAAAAGGAGAAUUUCUACCAUCACGAACUAAAGUCAUAGGAAUGCAAGCACAAAAGCAACCACCAAUGACUGAAGUUCUGGAGGAUGAAGCGGGGGAGGGAGAGGCAGAGGGAGAAGAAGGAGAUGAAGGAGAGGAGGCUGGGGAGGACGAAGAGGAGGAGGAAGAAGGGGAAUAUGAGGAAGAGGAGGAGGAGUAUGGAGAUGAAUAUGAGGAAGAGGAGGAGUAUGAUGAGGAGUAUGGAGAUGAAUAUGAUGAAGAGGAGGAAUAUGAGGAGGAAGAAGAAGUAGAUGAGGAGGAUGAGGAAUUGGAGGAGGAGGAGGAGGGGGAGGAGGAAGAGGCCAAAGGAGAUGAAGAGCAGGAAGUCGAAGAACUGGAGGAUGAGGAGAGGAGGAAGGAAGAACUGGAGGAUGAGGAAGAGGAGGGGGAGGAGGAAGAGGCCAAAGGAGAUGAAGAGCAGGAAGGCGAAGAACUGGAGGAUGAGGAAGAGGAGGAAGGCAAAGAACUGGAGGAUGAGGAAGAGGAGGAGGAUGAUGAAGUUUCUCCUGAACCCAUUUCCACUUCUGAGGAUGAAGAGUCGGCUGUAUCUCCUGAUUCUGAGUCCGAUGUUCCUGUUGGGGUGACAGACAGUGACGAAGAGGUAACUUUACCCGAUGAAGAUGAUGAAAAAGACAAAGAAGAACAGGAUGAAUAUGAAACCAGUGAUGAUCAACUUCUUUCCAGUGAAGAGGAAGAGGGAGAGGACGAGCUGGAGGAUGAUGAAGAAGAUGAUGAAGACGAUAGACUAGCUGAGGGUGUUACUGAUAGUGAUGAUGUCAUUGCAGAAGACACUAGCGAUGACCUGGAUCUUCCUCCUAUUGUAGCUGGUAGUGAGGAUGAGGAAGAUAUUGAUCACAAACUGGCAGAGGAAGAAGAUGAAGAUGAAGAAGAUCUUUCUCCACUUCCUGCUGAAGAUGAAGACUUGGAAGAAGACAUAAAAACUGUAGAAGACACAGACGAGGAGGAAGAUGAUGAGGAGCUGGACCAAUCAGACGAGGACAUCUCUGUUGCAUCCUCCGAACACUUUGCAGAUGAUGAAGAUGAUGAAGAUGAUGAAGAAGACCUUAAAGAUGAUGACCUUGACCUGGACUUUGACAAAGAUAUCCUUGAAGACCUUAAACACAAAGAUGCUCAAGACAAACCUGAUGUCACUGAAGAGGGCAUCCCUGAUGAUGACAAAGAGGAAGAGGAGGAGGAAGCUGGCAUUCCUCCCUUUACGAGCACAGACAGCGGUGUCUUAGGUGAUGAAGAUGAUGAGGAUGACAUUUCCUUUGAAACGGAUGAGGACUCCACUGGAGAAACAAUUCUGAGUGACUCUUAUGACACAACUGAUGAUAAGGAUGUUGAUACAAGCUCUUUAGAUGAGGAGGAUAAAGAAGAUGAGGAUGAAGAUGAAGAAGAUGAUGGUGUUAGUGAAAUCUUGAUGGCAGCUGCUGCUGCAGGAACAUUAACUGUCCAGGAGGAGGCAGCAAAGACUGAUGAAGACCAUGAAGAAGGGGAUGAGCUCGAAGAGGCUGAAGAUGAAGGGAAGACUGAAGACGCAGAAACAAAAGAAACAGGCACCACCCGGCCUGCAGCUCCGGAGGAGAAGGAUGAGGGCAAAGAUGAAGAGCCAAUUUCUAAACCUGAGAAAUCUGUAGAUGAACAAGAAGACAAGAAAGAGGAGUAUGAUGAAGACGAAGAUGAGGAUGAGAAGGCAUCGGUGGAUGUGAUCAAACCUGUUCCUGGACCAGAGGAGGCAGCGCCAAAGACAGAGCCCACAGUGUGUCCCUGUAUGCACUCUGCAAAGACCAAAGAGUCUCCAACUAAGACUGCUAAGGCAAAAGAUGCUCCCAAGAGAGUUUCUGCUGUGAGAAGGAGAAAAGAUCGGGAAACUGUGAGGACUGUAAAGACUCUAAAGACAGCUGAAAAGCCCAAAAAGACAGCUCUUCCUAGAAUCAGCCUGCCUCCGAAAAUCACAAAGAUCCGAAGAUUUCCUCCUUUUCUGAAAGCCAAGAAAGUAGAUAAACCCAAGGCUUCCAAAACAAAGACAAAGACCAAAAAGCAAGAACAGGUCACAGACUCUGGACAAGAAGUUGGGCCUUGUAGACCUGCACCAGUUUAUUGCCCGUCCCCACCUGGAUGGUAUGUUCAUCACAUAGUCACAGACAAUCCUUACCCUCCUCCUACCAUGUCAGCUCCCUCUGCUCCUGUACUGACCGCCCACCCUGUCCAUCCCGGAGCCCCACAGGGCAUUUAUCAGCAACAGCCUCCGCCAGCACCAAUGCAUCCACUGUACGCACAGUAUCAACCAUAUCAGCCACCACUUCAGCCUGUGAUGCCGCCUCCACCAGAUCCAGUUCAGCCACUCCAGCCUGUACAGCCAGAAGCUGCAGAAGAAGAAGAAAAAGCUCCUGCCCAACCUGAGGUCCCGUCUCCAGCUGUUGAAGCUGAGCCUGCUGAUGCUCCGGUUCAAGAGGCUGCUGAGGAGGACGUGAUUGCUGUCUCCACAAAGAAAGCAAAAAAAUCAACAACAAAGGCUGCUGAUUCAGACAAAGAGCCAGGAGCAGCCAAAGGGAAAACAAAGAAAGUGCUAGAUGCUGCCGUUUUGAAAGACAAAACCAAAGCAGACACUGCAAAGAAAGUGGCAGCUGCUAAAAAAGAGAAAAUCAGAAUUCAUGCAGGGGCAAAAACAGAUCCAUCUGCAAAACAUAAAACUAAAAGUGCUGCAGCUCCUAAGAAAGAGCCUGCGGCUGAAAGACAGAAGAGGAAAUCAGCCUCUGAAAAGACAGCGGCACCUAUCAGGAGCAAAGUGAAGGCAUCGACAGCAAAGACAGAUCCAGAACCACGUCCACAGCCACUCAGACUGAGACCGAGACUUGACAUUGGCAGGAGGGCAAAUGUAACCUCUGAAGCCCACGAGGAGAAACCUGCCAGAUCUGAACCAGCCAAGACAAGAUCAAAAUUAUUGGCAGCAAAGAAAAGCCAAGCAGAGAAGGCUGAAAAGAAAUCUGUCAAAGAGACUCAAGAAAAAGAGAAACAAGCAUCAAAAACUGAAGAUCCCAAGAAAGAAGAAAAUAUUACAGACAAGAAGAAACCUGGGCAGAGAUUCUUUCAGUGCGUUUAUGUCCCUGGCAAAAAUGCCCAGUACCCUUUACGACCUUUCACUCCAGCCAUGUCCCCCACCAUGAUGUCUCCUGCACUCAGAGCCAUGUUGGAGCAGCAGAGAGCAGCCAGGGCGUCUGGGCAGUAGGACCACCUGAAGCCUUUCUUUAUAUCUGACAGCACUGCAUCUUUCCAUCCAGCAGGGGGAGGUGUUUGAAUCUGUGCUAGCUUUACAUUAAGAGGAUGAUCACAGAGAGAGAAAAAAGUGGACAGACUUACUUUGUCUUUAAUUUAUUGAAAUAUUCUUUUAGUGGUUGAGCUCCUGGGGUUGCUGUUAAUAUUGUCCAUUUUACCCUCUGCUUAUGCUGCUCUACUAUGUCUAUGUUCAGUAAGAAAAAUGCCAUCUUGUGAAUAUUUUAUUUAUAAAUAGUAUUUAUAAUGUACAUAAUGCAUGUUUUUAAUUAGAAUGGGAUAAAUGGGUCACAACUUAGGAUGUAAUAUAAAAAGCUGACUUUUGUGCUUUCUCUAUGAUGCCCGUUAUCAGAUUUAACAGUAAUUUAUUUAAUUUAAGGCAGUUUAGUUUAUAUCCAAGCAAACACUUAUAUACUCUAUUAAGACAAGCUUUUAUUGUCUUAAACAGCUUUGAAUGGUUUAUUUUCAAAGUCUAAGAUUAUUUGCAACAGGAAAAUAUAUUACAUUGAAUUAUAUACAUAAUAUAUGUUAAUGGUAUCAAACCCAUGCAAAUACAUUUCACAAAAUACGAUUUAUUUGAACAGUAUUUUUUUUCCAGUUUUCUAUAUAAAUAACUGCAUUUUCAGUUCCUGUAAACAUGCCCCGUGUUUGUUUCUGCUGCUUUGCUGCAUCUGCAAUAGAACAGAAUCCAAAUGUUGGAGGGUCAAAUCCCAGGAGCUCCCACACUGAUCUGAGCAGCAUCCCUGUCACUGAACAUCCAUCAGCCUCAUCAAUCGUAGGCGCAUGCUGUGAUUGAUGCACACAUAUUUCUUGACAUAUUAAGAACACAUCUAGCAUGAAACUGUUGGCCAUUUACUUUUCACUGCUAAUGUUUUUUUUGUUUGUUUAUUUGUUUUUGUAGAGGUUCAUUUCAAUAUGUUACAUGCCACAUUUUAAUUUUAACUGACUCCAAUCAAAGUGGUGUAUUGGAGAUACUAGGGUAACCAGAAAUGGCAUAGUAGAUGAAUAAAAUAUAGAAGAAUCUGAAAAAAUAAAAAUUUUCUAACAUUUAAGAGGCACUGAAAAGAUUUUUAUAUCUCUAUGAAUACAAACUCAAUAAUGCAAUGCAGUCUCAUUGCACAUAUCAAAGCUCUAAAAUUAAAUUUGGAUCCAAUUAAGAAACAUAUUUAAAUGAAACAUAUAGCUAAGUAAGGAAAGGGGGAUAUAAUUUUAAAAAAAAACAUUUUCUUGUGUAUAUACAAUAAUUAUUAAAUAGUCUAGGUUCUCUGUGUAACUUGAAGCAGCUUCUAUGUGGGACUAUGGGCUUCUCGGUGGUGGUUUAUUGGCCAUAAAGGAUAUGAGUAUGCAGCAAAAUGUUUUUGUUGCGCCUCAUUAGGUUUAAUAAAUUCAGAAAACCUCUUUUUGAUUUGUUUUUCUUUUAAAGCCAAAGAUUGCAAUGCUGUGCUUUUAUCUUAAAAAUGAAGUGCAAUUCCUGGAUAGUAAAUGUCUUGUAAUUAUGUGUUUUAUCACAGAUGACCUCUAAUUACUUACAAGUAUCAACUCCUUUAACUCAUCGUGUUCAGAGGCAGGGACAACUUUGAUGUGACCAACUCAUGAGACACUGUGAUGUCUGCUACACUGAAUGAAUGUCAUUUGUGUUAACCAUCAGCUUAUUUAUUAAGUCUGAUCUUGUCAUAUUUCUUUUUACCUCAGUCAUUCAUAGCUCUGGUUUUGUGCCUUAUAGCAACAUGGCUGCCUUGUUGACGCUGCCAAACUGUUGCCGAGCAUCACCAGUGAUUGCUGUUGCCGUCUUACUGAAUGAAAACUUGAUGCAAAGAACCAAAAAAGGUGUUUUUACGCUGGGCUUAAUCCUGGGAUAUGACCCACCCUUGCCCAUAUUGUGCUGUCAUAUUCACCUUUUAACAGAGUGAGUUCCUAAAGAUAGACAAAUCUACUAGUUUUUAAUAGCUAGUCCGUGUUUUAAAAAUGCUUUUGACAUAUUGUUGCAUUUUUACCAUAUUAUGACCCUGUGGAUUGAGCUACAUCAAUUAUCAAAAAGUUUUUUUUUUUGAGGUAUGGCAGUGAAGGGGGGCUCAACCAGAGUUUCUUGAACUUAUGAGGGCCAGGGACCUCUUAGAGGGGUGAAAGUUUUCCAACGUUCCCCUCAUAAUCCACAUUUAAAGCAGUUAAGAUGCUUUGAUCUUCGUGUUACUUGUUGUCGUGGACUGAUUCAGAUAUUUCCCUAUGCUAGCUUGCUAGCUAGUCAUCUAGCUAAUAUGCCAAACUAUGCAGCAGAACAUUUCUGCUGUCCUUGAGUGUAGUUACAGAGUUUCUACCAAAAUGACUCAAUGCACAAUAUUGAUAUCAGACUCUCUAUUAACCCAAAGAAAACCUUGGGGAUAGAAAAGGACUCAAUAUAUAUUCAUACUUUUUUAAACUGUAAAAUUGUUACCUUUCAUUAAAAUGCACUUUUAAUGAUGCAGCCCCUUAUACAAUUUAAUGCAAAUUAUUUACAGACCUCUUGGCUAUGAGAUAUCAACCGCAGUGCCGACUCACCAUUGUACCUACUAUUCCCAACUGUAUUGUAACUUUUUCUUUUUUUUUAAAGCCUUAAACUGUAUUUGGUGACAUUGAAUUUAGAGGUGAGUUUAGAGAAAGUUACUUGAAAACUUCUGUUUAAAUUUUUCAAACUAAAAAGAGCCAUACUUCAGUUUUAUAACAUAAUUAGAAUAUUUUUUGUUACUUUUUAAGAGUUAGUUCUAAAUAAAGAUGUUUACUGAUAUGGACUGAAAACUUUCAUCACUUGUUUUGCCAAUAAUUUGUUGCCAAAGAUUGCACAGUGGCCAUUUUGACUAAAACUAGUGUGUUGCAACAUUAAAGAAGGACCUGCCCCUUUUAGGUGAAAGUCCAUAAUUUUGGUUUCUGGACUUUUUUUUUGUUUUUAUUUAGUUUAUUUCAUUUCAUUUUUCUUUAUUCCUGAGUUUAAUAGAACAUUGAAUGUAAAGUUUUUUGUAAACUCUAAUUUUAUAAACAAGUCUGAAGUGAAGUGUAUCCCUGAGGUUUCAGUAUUACCCUCCAGGGGUGAGGUCAGCAGUCCUGAAGUGGUAAGGAAGCCUAAUGAGAUCUGACAUCAUGUACUGCUGCAACUGACUGUAGGUGUUGUAAGUGUUAGUUGGAGUAAGUUAUUACCUUAAAAUGUGGUUUUUACUGGUGUUUUGAUUAAUCAUAUUCCAGAAGGGCAUUUCAGCAGUAGUCUGCUUGUGCCUCAGUGUUCUGAAGGUCGUCAAAACAUAUAAAAUGAACAGUAAUUACAGCAUAAACUGUGGCUAUGUGCUGUAAUUAUGUUUUAAAGUGUUAUUAACUGUAAUUUAACGUGAGCUAAAUCGUGAUCUCAUGCAAGAAAACAGACCAGAAGGAACACACAAAAACAUCAGAGCUCUAUCUAAUGUAACUGCAGGUUCUUCAUACAUAUUCAUGUGAGCCUACAGGUGUAAGGCUGAGUUCAACUUGACUACUCUACAUCCCUGAUUAUGUUUUAAGUACAUGCGUUUGGAUGGUGUUGUUAAAAGCAAGUGAUCUGCUUGAUCUUAUGCAUGUUUUUUUUUCUGAAAAGCUGUAGUGCAACACACUUUUGCUUCACUGUAUUUCACUAUGAUGUGUUGCUGUCAUAUUUGUCUUUCAUUCUUUUAUUGGUUUGUAGUUAUCUGAAACCACAGACAAUCUAAUUGAUCUGCGAUCUCCAAGCAGAGUAAAAAAUAGUUGGCUUUCUUGUAGAUGCUUCAUCUGGGAUUGGAGUGCAGUUUAACACUUUAAAAAAGUCUAAUUCCACAACAUACAGUUUGAGGUUGUUUUGUUUUGGAAGGAUAUAUUUUGUUAACAAAUUGUAAUAUUUUCUGCAUGAUAAUGUCUUUUAUUUAAAUUCAAGGCUGCUUUUUUGUAACACACAAGUAAGACUGCAGUGUCACAAAAAGCAGUCACUCUGGUGCUGUACAAAUACUGUAGAUAAUAGUUAAUUUCUUAUCAUCAUGAGACUUGUCACUCCAUUAGUUCUCAAAGAUAAUAAUAAAUUAGUUAACAUGUUUGGUCAAAAAACAGUUUUAAAUGAAAGAUGUUUUUUUGUGCUUUAUCAAAGAUGUAUGAAAAUGAUGUUUAAUUCAGAGAAAGUAUGAACUACCUGCUGCAUGUACUAUAAAGCAGAUGUGUUUAAUUCACUCGGUCACUUUCCAGAAGCCAGUUAAGUGUCAUAACUGACAUUUCAAGCUAUAAUAUCAUUGGAGGGACAACACUGAGUCUGCUGUGCUUAUGUAGGAAACUUUUACCACUAUGCAGUUUUUGUGUCAAAACGUGAAUAAACUUUUGAAGAUAUC